UUUGACAGUUCUCUUCAGUUGAUCUUGUUCGGACUUGAUUGCAACCGAGCCGAACCAGUUGUUGUUGGUUUUAGGCUUUGGGAGGAUUUUAGACAGAUUAAAAGUAAGUUGUGUUCUAGGUUGAAUUACUUUUUCUGCCGGAGUGGGCGAGCGACCGAAUCAAAGUGUCUUAUAUUCCAGAUUUCGAUGUUCGUGGCGUUAUAGGAGGGAGAGGAGGACGAGGACAGGAAAUAUGGUUUACUCGGCGGGCCAUUCCGGAAGACUGGACGGGAAGGAACCAGUUUGCGAUCGAGGAAGCGGUUGGCAACAAACAUAUUCCAAUCUGAUCCUGCCGGAAACGUGUCGUAGAACCCACGGAAGCAGCCACGUUUUCUCGGACUCGUACUCCAAGUCCGUUGUCUCGUACUCCGAUAAACAUCAAUCCGUCGGAGAUCCAAGAUUGGCAUCGCAUCCGGGUUUUGAUCAGCUCGUCGAGGAGCAAAAGUCCAACACGACAAAGAUGCUGCCACGGCUGCCUCAGAAGAACACCAACAUCCAAGCCGGAAGCUGCGGUCAAGGCAAAUCCCGAAGGAAGCCAAGUUGGAGAAGAAUCAGCAAAACGCAAGUGAAAUUAGGUGAACAAGUGAAUAUUUUUGUAAAUUUUUGACAGCUUGAAUAAAAAAAAUCAAUAAAAACAAAACAAACAGUUUUUCAACUGCAACAUAACCUAAAAAACCGAAAUGACAGCACACGACAAUAGCACGACAUUCUAAAUA